CAUGUCUGUAGGGAGGAGUGUGAGCAUGACAGGGGGUCAGACAGCCCCGAGAUGCUGAGUAUGGCUGUUAGCAAUCCACAGGGUUUCAGCAGCACAUGCCGCCACCCCCAGCAGGCAUCCUGUGACUUACCUUUGGGACAUCCCUGUCCCUGGAGUCACCUGGCACAAAAGGUCAGACUCGGGAUCCUCAGGAAGAGGGGAAUAGGAGCUCCCCUCCAGCUCCCCAACCAGAACUACCCUGGCAAGUGGAAACAGCUUUUACCGCGCUUUACAGUGCGUGGCUGUUGCAUGUGGUUUUGGAAUUUUCCAACGCCCCCUACGAUUGGCUGCCCCGCCCCUCACACCCUGCCCCAGGCCCGGAUUGGCCACGUGGGGCGUCAGUCAUCCUACCACUGCACCCCUGAAAGGGGGGGGUCACUUGGCCACCUGUGUGGUGCAGAGCAUAAACCCCCCCUGCCCAGAAGCACUGGGGGAGAGCUAGGUGCAGAGCUGUGGGCUGAGACACCGCUGAGAGGGCCUCACCCCCACCUCUGCUGCCAGCUGUGCCCAGUCCCUGGACCACCCUGCUGAGGACAGAGAGCCAAGGUUGGCCAAGCCGCCUAGCUGAGGCUCAGUCAUGAGAAGUAAGUGAAUGGGGCCACCUGGGUGUGGGGGAAACCUGGGUCCUGUCAUCAUCCCUGGGUCCUCUGGACAGAAGGGGUGUCGGAACAGUGUGAAAGAAGCCAAGGGCUCCUCCCUGUCAGGGUGUGUCCCAGUCAAGGUCAAAAUCUGUUGGGAGAGGGGCGGAGUAGCCUGGGAGUCUCCAGGAACUUCCUUACAGCAGUGGUAGUAAAAGAAUUGUUGUGGGUGAGUUCUAGAAAGACUCUGGGAGUGCCUGAGGUGUCCAGCCCCUCCAGGGAGUGUUGUACCCAAGAGCACACAUCUGGGAGCACAUGGAGGGUGGCAAUUACCAGGGCCUUGGACUUACUCUCCCCAGCAACUAGUGAAAUGUUUCCAUCCGGGGCCUCCAGAGGAGUUGCUGUGCCCUGAAGCAGGACAGUUACAGUAAACUGAGGUCAGCAGGCAAUGGGGGUCAGAACCCCAGUGUCUACACCUUGGAAUCACUUUCUGUCUACCCAGGAACAUAAGGACUAAGUGCCAUCCAGCCAGGGUCCACUGCACUGUGUGUGUGCAUGUGCAUGCAUGUGUAUGUGCACGCGUGUGUGUAUGUGUGUUUGUGUGUGUGUGUUCCUCCAGGUUCAGUUGCCUAUUUGAUGAGGAGGGUCAGGGGAUGGGAACAGAAAGCCCUCACCCUCACUCCCUUCCCAGUUUGGAACGUGGGCCAACAACUAGUGUGCAGAUGUCUGGGGUCUGUCUUCUAGCCAAACAAGGUAAGCAAAUCAGACAGUCCUUCUAUGUAAAGGAAGUUAUGGAACCUCUCAGAGCACAAAAUGAAGGAGGAAAAGGGAAGCCAGUGUCCCUGAGGCUUGAGGUAGUCCCAGCUUCAACCUGGGGUCUUCCCACAAGCCACAGAGGGGAGGCCAUGUCAGGUCCUGGAAAGACCCAUGGACUGAGAGUCUACCAGCAGGUUCUGAUGCCAUUUCUGUCAUUGCUUUGCCAUGUCACCUUUUGGCAAGUCACUGGGACUAUGGUCUCUUGUCUGCUUACCAAAAGAAUUAAGCUUAAAAACAGCAAAACCAACUAUGAAGAGUGUCCCCAUUCUAAGAGCCCAGUACCAAGGAGAGGGCCUUGGCCCCUGAGUUAGGCUACCCAAGGGUAGUGAAAGAGACUCCGCCCUCUCAGAGGGUAGAAGGAAAAGAGGACAAGGCAAGAAAGGAGCUCCACCUCUGUGAUUGAGAGGAGACUGCAGUGCAGGUGUAUGAGCUGGGGUGGGUAAAGAAGGGUGAGGAGACAAACCAAAAGCUUCCAAACAACAUAAGUAGGGCUUCAGUUUUCUUUCUAGCUUCUACCCACUAGUGGCAAAGGCUAGCAGAGUGGACCAAAUCAGCAAAUCAACCCUGGGGUGCCAUGUUUUGGUAGAUUUCAAGCCCAAAAGGAAGGGGAAUCAGAAGUCCCCAGAAGUGGCUGAGGAAGACAUUUGGGCAGCUCUGCAUUGGACCCAUAAGUUGGUGAGAGUCAGAGCACAAGUACAUGGGGCUUGGGACAGUGACAGACCCCAAUGCCAGACAAACAAGGGACAAGAACAGUUCAAGAAAUAAAGAAAUGCAGAGGCUGAAUUCAAAGGAUAGAUUUAAGAAACAUGUAGGGAAAGGGUGAUGUCUAGAUGGAGACAUGGAUGGAACAUACUAGGAGAACCAAAACUGUGCAGUGUGAAACCCAGAGACAGCUGGAGUGCAGAUCACAAGGCACAGACACAGGGAGACUCUCAGCCAACCAGAGAGAGGGCGGUUCAGCUAUCUCACCCUAAGGGACUGGUGAGUGCAGAACCAAUAGGCAUUAAGACCCUGGCAUUGGGCCUGGAUAGGUGGGAGACCAAGGGGUGUGAUGUCACAUGCCUGUCCUCACUAUCAUGAUAAUGAAGAGCAACAGGUUAGAAAGAACGGCAAGUCCCUUGGGUGCCACAGAUCUCACCCUGAGGGUCCAGAGUCCUCUGAGGACUUUGUAAAGGGUUUGCUCUUUCCUUGCAUCAAUCCUGCACCUUUCUCUUUUCAUUUCUUUCCAUUCCUAGCAAAAAUGCCAACCACCUGGAGCCCAAGGCACUAGAAUGUGGAGAGUCUUGGCCCAUCCUAUCAUUAGGAAAAUAUGAGUGUGUUUGUAUUCCAUCCCUACUGGAGGCUCAUUCUCCCCGACCCCUGACCAUGCUGCUGACUCAAACUAGCAGGGAACAGGGACUUUUCUGUACUAAGGACUCUCCUAGGAAGGCAGCCUUGGAGUCUUAAGAUCUAACCUCCGCUCCUCUUGCUUCUGCAACAUAGCCCCUUCUCUGGGGCUUAGAGGCUCAGAUAGGAUGGAGAUGUCUGUUUGGGGGGUGGGACAGUUACAGGGCAGGGUCCCAGGGCCAGAGCCAGAGUCUGGGUCUACUGGCCUCCCAGAGCAGCAGAGAUGCCCUGGAAAGAGCUAUGGCACUGGAGGCAAGAGACACUGCUGAGUGUGAUGUCUGGGGUCCCACUCCUCAGAGCUUCCUCCUGGUGAUUCAUCCCCUCCCCCCAUGCACUGGUUGUUUUCACUGGGUUCUUUUGUUUCCCCUCCUUUCUCCUGUCCCAGACUGCGGGGGUGGCGGGGGCAGCAGGAGGGGGUUUCGGGUAGCUGGCUGUCUUUCAUGGCUUUGCAAAACCCCAGACUCUCCCUCGCCCACCUGAGUUUUAGCUUCACUAUUUUCUCAGCUCUAGGAUCCCGGUGUAUCAGCAGAAAACUCUCACCAGGGGUUGUUGGGAGGCCCCUUUUUGGACUGGGGUAAUGUCCACCAGGUAGAAAUGGUGGCUCACCACCCAGACCUCUUGCUCCUGCUCCCCUGUGGUGGUGCCUACCACCUUGAUUUCCAGCAUUGCAGAAGCUGGGGGAACCGAGAGUUGAGGAAGGAGGGAGGCUGGUGACAGACUGGGUUACACAGGGGACUCCUGGCUGGAGCUGUGGUCUCAGUGAGGAGAGGAGGGGCCUAAGUCAAGAAGAGAUAUGUCUUCCUGUUUCUCGUCCAUUCAUUUAUUCAUUCAUUUCUGUAAAGAAAGACCUACCAAGAUGUAAGAAACCUAGUCUGCAUCCCAAAGAAACUACGGCCUGAAGGAGUCCCGACUCAGGAGCUCACUUGAGAUGGACAAGUUGUCUCACUUUGGCUGUAGAGAAAUGGGUAACGGCAGGAGGGGGCUGGGUUCACAGAGGAAAAGCUACAGCAGGAGGAAUAUCUCUCCUGGCUUUAAUCCUGUGGGUUUCCUCCCUAAAUUUUUUACUCACCACCUUCCUCUCACAGUUUUCCCCCUGCAGUCAAUAUCCUUAUGCCUAUUCCACUCUCCUUGGUGCCUUUGGGCAUCUCAUCGCCACAUAGCUUAAUGGUUGAGGGCAAUGGCUCCAGAGUUACAGGGACCUGGGUUCCAAUGCCAAAUCUGCCACUUCUACCUGUGUAACCUUAGUCAAACUACCAAGUCUCUAGGCCCUGGUUUUCUCAUCUGUAAAAUUCACAGGGCUGUUGUAAUCAUUAAAAAUGUAUUGUGAAGUCUGGCAAAAAGUAAGAAAUCAGAAAUGAAUUAUGUCCAUAAUUGUUAUUCCUCCUUAUUCAAUAUCUACUGGAGAACAGGAAGAGAGAAGAAGAAAAAAAGGGCCUAGCAUAGACUGACAGGGCUUCAAGAGGAGGUGAGAACCUCAGGGUUCCUCAGUCUAAAUCAUUUUCCCACUGUUCUGGGGUGGUUCUGGGGCUUAGGGGGAGGCGGUGAGAUCCCUUUGAGUUACAACCCCUCCUCUGCUCCUACCACUUCCUCUCUGUGGCAUAGGACACCUGGAGAGACCCAGGGCCAGGCUCUGGAUACAUUCAAAGAGCUCUAUCAAUGAAUCUCACAGCUGUGAGCAGGGUGAGAUUAGAGGAGGCUGGAGGGAGAGGAGGUUUGCCUCUACCGUAUUUCUCCUCAUAUGAGGCUCUGGAGGGGAUGUGUACAGGGAGCCUUCCAUCUCUGAAGCAAUCCAGAGGAAAUUCGUUUUCUUUUUCUAGGCCUACAUCAGAAUGAACUUUUAAAGGUCACACUGAAUGGUAGGGAAGAUGUAAGAAUGAACUUGGUGAACUGGUGGUGUAGCUAGGUGGUAGAGCCUGCACUUAGCUUGCUCAAGGCACUGAAUUCAAAACCUAACACCAAAAAGAAAAAGAGCCAGGGAAGAGAUUGUCAAAUCUAUCUUGGCCCCCUGGGAGGAGCAGCCCUGCACAAAAGCAGGCAGAAGGACUAAAUUCUUGCUAUUCAAAGUACAGGUUGAAGACCUUUAGGCACCAACCUGGACCUCUUAAAAUGCAGAAUCUGAAGCCCCGUCCCCAAUCUUCUGAACAGGGAUCUACAUUCUGUUUGUUCUGUCUUAUGGUGCUGUGGAUGCAACCCAGGGCCUUGUGCAUACUAGGCAAACACUGUUAACACUAAACUACAGUCCCAGGACCUACAUUUUCUUGCUUGGCUUUUUGUAGUUUUGGGGAUCAAACUCAGGGCUUCACUCAUGCUAAACAAGCACUCAACCUCUAAGCUACAAUUCCCAGUCCCCAAGACCUGCAUUUUAAUAAGAUUCCCAGGUGAUCUUGUUUGAGAUGUUGAGAAGCAAAAGAGUAGAGUCAUCCCAUAACUAGACGAUUUAGGGAAGUAGCUGUGCACCCAGGCAUUUCUCUCACCUUUUGAAAGUAUGGGAUUGGAGGGUUUUCUUUCAAUAACCAACAACCUUACCUCUAUCCCUCUUUCCUUGGUAACUUGAGGUGUCUCAUCCUCAUAGAACACAUAGCUUAAGGAGUUAUAGAGACCUAGGUUCAAAUGCAGAUCUGCCACUUCUGCCUGUGUAGUCUUAGUCAAGCCACCAAGUCUCUCUAGACUUCAGUUUUCUCAUCUUCCUCAGAGAAGAGAUAUAGUGCGAGACAAAAUAUCUUCCCAAAGCAAGUGGGUGAGGAAGCAGGCAGAGUUCCGCUGUUGUGGGAGCAGUGGGGCAGAGGCUGGCCUCAAGGCUCCUGACCUUUGCUUGGCUCCAGUUCCUGGCACCGUUAGGCCCUGACAUGCACAAAUUGAAGUGAUCCCUUGCAAAAUCUGUGGGGACAAGUCGUCUGGGAUCCACUACGGGGUUAUCACCUGUGAGGGGUGCAAGGGCUUCUUUCGCCGGAGCCAGCAGUGUAACGUGACCUACUCCUGCACCCGCCAGCAGAACUGCCCCAUCGACCGCACUAGCCGUAACCGAUGCCAGCACUGCCGCCUGCAGAAAUGCCUGGCGCUGGGCAUGUCCCGAGAUGCUGUCAAGUUCGGCCGCAUGUCCAAGAAGCAGAGGGACAGCCUGCAUGCAGAAGUACAGAAACAACUGCAGCAGCAGCAGCAGCAGCAACAGGAGGAACAAGUGACCAAGACCCCUCCAUCAGGGGGCCAUGGAGCAGACACCCUCACCUACACCUUGGGCCUCUCGGAUGGGCAGCUACCUCUGGGCGCCUCACCUGACCUGCCCGAGGCCUCUGCCUGUCCCCCUGGCCUUCUCAGAGCCUCAGGCUCUGGGCUGUCAUAUUCCAACAACUUGGCCAAGGCAGAGCUCAAUGGGGCCUCCUGUCACCUUGCUUAUAGCCCUGAGCGACGCAAGGCUGAAGGCAGAGAGAGCAUUUAUAGCAGGGGCAGCCAGCUUACACCUGGCAGAUGUGGACUUCAUUUUGAGGGACCUAGGCAUCCUGGGCUUGGGGAUCCAGGACAGGGCCUGGAUGGCUAUUGCAGCCCAAGUUUCCGCAGCACCCCAGAGGCACCAUAUGCUUCUCUGACGGAGAUGGAGCACCUGGUACAAAAUGUCUGCAAGUCCUACCGAGAAACGUGUCAGCUGCGGCUGGAGGACCUGCUACGUCAGCGUGCCAACCUCUUUUCUCGGGAGGAGGUGACAAGCUACCAGAGGAAGUCGAUGUGGGAGAUGUGGGAACGCUGUGCCCACCGCCUCACCGAGGCCAUUCAGUAUGUGGUGGAGUUUGCCAAGCGGCUCUCAGGCUUUAUGGAGCUCUGCCAGAAUGACCAGAUCGUACUACUGAAAGCAGGAGCAAUGGAGGUUGUACUGGUCAGGAUGUGCCGGGCCUACAAUGCUGACAACCACACAGUCUUUUUUGAAGGCAAAUACGGUGGCGUGGAGCUGUUCCGAGCCUUGGGCUGCAGUGAGCUCAUCAGCUCCAUCUUUGACUUCUCCCAUUCCCUCAGUGCCUUGCGCUUUUCCGAGGAUGAGAUUGCCCUCUACACGGCCCUUGUUCUUAUCAAUGCCAACCGGCCAGGGCUCCAAGAGAAAAGGAAAGUGGAGCAGCUGCAAUACAAUUUGGAGCUGGCCUUUCAUCAUCAUCUCUGCAAGACUCAUCGCCAAGGCAUCCUGGCAGAGCUGCCACCCAAAGGGAAGCUCCGGAGCCUGUGCAGCCAGCAUGUGGAAAAGCUGCAGAUCUUCCAGCACCUCCACCCCAUCGUGGUCCAAGCUGCAUUCCCUCCACUCUACAAGGAACUCUUCAGCACUGAAAUCGAGUCCCCUGAGGGGCUGUCCAAGUGACCUAGAGGAGGAAUGCCUUUCCUCUCCCUUCAGCCUCCUGGCCCACCUCUCUGGACCCUGUUCCACCCUCAUCCUUUCCCUUCCUAUGCCCUUUGGAAGGUGAUCCCCACCUGUUCUCUGGGAGUGAGCAAAUGCUGAGACUGGUUUUCUGUCUUCAGGCUUGUCUGGCAGUGAGACAAUAGCCAGAGGGUGGGGAUGGAGGAAAACUUCGUUCUGCCUCAUUUCCCAUACCCUCCACCCUGGUUUCUGGAAGGUGUGGGGUGUGUGGGAUAUAAGAACUUCUAGAAGGACCAAGGUGUCCUCCAGAAAACAGGGAAUGAAUCCAGGCACUCUGGAUGAAGAGAAUUCAACUCUGGUCUCAGAAGUUAAGAAUAGGCCUUUGAAAUACCUCAUUGCAUUUCCCUAUGGGCUUCAGCUGGGGGAGAUGGAUCAAGCUCAAGAGACUGGUGGCGAGAACCCAGAAGGAUGUGUUAUAUAUAUCCAUAUAUAACAUGAAUCUGGAUCCUUAGAUUUUCUGCCCUCCUCUCAGUUCAUCAAAGAAGUUGUUGGGUGCUCUGCCCUUUUCCUGGGGUCUAAAAAAAACCUGGAUAUGUGAGAGUAAGGAUAAGAUGUGGGCAAGGGGUCAGGAUAAUUGCUUUAUGGGAUUUGGAUAUGGGGAGAGGGCACAAUGGAGGAGGCCAAGAGUAUCACAGACAGGACUUAGAACUCAAACCUCUCGUGUGCACUUUAAAAAUGGCACAAAUCUGAUCAGAGAUACCCAUCCACAUACAGGUGAAACACAUACCAACUCAACCUGCAGCUCUGCAGUUCUGUGGAGACGUUUCUUCUGACACAAUCUCCUCCUUGAGGUCACUGCUCAGAGAAGCCUGGGGGGCCUCAGGGAAGAGUCCCAAUCCAACAGGACCUCAGAAUAUUUUCACAGUGUUCCAACCCACCAAUCUUAGAUAUGGGGUGUCCAAACUCCAUCCCAGCUACAGCUGUCUUCUAUCACAAGAACCAUCAAGAAAAGCAGACAGGGCUGGACACUGGAUAGUCAGAAGGCCAAGGACAGCCCCUGGGAAGACUUCCUUGGCUCUGGCCUCCAGCCCUACACUGGAAAAGGAAAGUGACACCAUCCCACAGUUCUGUGAUUAGGUGCCACUGACUCCAGCCUGAGGAGCAAACCAGGAACAGGGCAGGGACCUGUUCCUCCCACCAUGAUCUUGCCCUAGAACGUCUCUCAGCUUUAGAAAUGACUGUGGACCCUCUUAGGAGGGAUCAACAGCAGGUGAUAGGGAGAGGGGUGUUUUCCUCUCAAGAGAGAGGGUUAGCUAGGUAAACAUAAACCCCACUAGUGCUAUUCUUUAUAAAAUGAUUUUAAAGGCAAGAGGUGUGUGUAUGUGUGUGUGUGCCAGGGGUAGAGGGAGCCUUGAGUACACCUACAUACAUGCCUGCUGUCUGGUCUCAUCCCUAUGUCCAGUAAGCAAUCCAUCAGUUUCGUAAGGAUUCUGACCCCCUCGCCCCUCGAUUCUCCCCAGACUGAGCAGUCCCCCAGUGAGACUUGUGAGCUGAUCCUCAGGUAUCCACUAAAAGGCCUCAAGUUAAACUCCAUGGAGAUGUUCUAGACUGAGAACUUUCCCACAAAUGAUAGCCAUGGGGCCGUUUAGAUUUAGAGGUUGCACAGAAUUGCCCCACAUCUGGGAGACCAAAAGACAAUCCUCUCAAAGGUGUUGGCCUGAGAGGGGAAUCCAGAUGUCAGAAGGACCUUUCAAGCUUCCUAGCUGCCUCAGUUGCAGCCCCCUCCCCAGUACUGACCUUCCCUCCUUGUUCCCUCCCCUGACUCGUCAUCCUGUAGUGGCGCUUACUGCAGCCUUCCCUCCUUGCUUUAUUUAUUUAUU